CUAUAGCAUUUAUUAACCGUUUUACCAAUGCUAACCUACCCUAGAUCAUCCCUCGUCCUCCUCAACUCAGUAACCCAUCCUGCUAUGGUAUACCUAACCACCACUAAAGGCGGCUCGUCUACCUUCCAUCCUCCUAUAUUCCUACAAGCCCUUACCUCCCAUACCCUCACUGAACGUGAUAUCACUACCAUCUGUCAUACUAUGGGUAAAAGCCCUCAUACUCGAUCUGUACUACUCCAUAAGGAGGUACGUAGCAUACUGCUGAGUAUGGUACCAAGCAUGACUAGUGGUAAGAGCCUAUCCUUAUGUUUGGCAGCCCUUAGUACAGUAAGAGCUCAGCCUACUAAUGAUGGUCUAUUAGAGGCUAUAGAGAGGAGAGUAGGACAAUUAACGGCUACUUCUAAGGCCGUAUUAUCGGAGCAGGAUUAUGCAUUAUUACUCAAUGCAUUGGCAAGGAUGGAUCGUGAUUCUGAUAUUAUAUUCUCAGCAGCAUUUGAUGCCUUAUCGAGAGGUAACGUAUCCUUUACUGUGAGGGGUCUAUCAGCCCUAUUAAAUGCUGUUGCCAAACUACAACGUGAAGUACCAGGAUGUGCUAUACCGGAGUUAUUACAUCAAGUUAGGGAUAGAACUAAAGAUCUAUCAGGAUGGCAGUUAGCAUGUGUAGUACAUGGUCUCGGUAGGAGUGUACCUAAUGCUAGUAAGGAUGGUGAAAUGAUAACUGGGCUAUCUAAUAGAGCUGAUGAGGUUGUAAGGGAAGGGGAUGUAUCACAUCAAGGAUAUGUUAUGUUAUUGGAUGGUUUCUCGAGAUUAGAUUGCCUGCAGAUGAGUAUUAUCAAAACAUAUAGUAUGAAGGCUCCUGAAUGGGGUCUAAGUGAGCAGGCAAUAGUAAUUGGUAUAGCAUCUAUGGCUAGAGUUAACUACUAUGAUCAAACCUUUCUACAUUGGAGUGUAGAUAGGCUUACUACAAUAAGGAGGAUACCUGCAAUAGGCUUAGUAACAGCUCUAGUAGGGUAUGCUAAGUUAGCUUACCAACCUGGUAUUAGUUAUAUGUAUAAGCGUAUUAUCAUUGAUGAGGAUAUCUUAUCAUCGAUCAAUUGCCUUAGUCAAUACUCAAUAGUAGCCUAUGCUCUAUUACUCAGUGGUAGACACUAUGCACAGGUAGCUGCUUACAAUGUCCUACUGCGUAUUAUCCAUAAACUACUACCUAAACCGUCCCUAUCUAAUGCUACUAGGCUGCAGCUUAUAGCGACAAUGCGUAUGUUAUUGAUGCCUAUGAAGGACGAGGAGGAGGAGAGUAUUAGUCGAGCAUUGAGUAUUGAGCAUAUUAGAUCGAUAUUAGCCUUGGAGUUAUUCGAUACAGUAGUUAAAGUUGGGUCUUCAUCAAUGGCCGAGCCUGAGGAUUCACGUACCUCUACAUUCCAGGAAGAGGUUGGUCAUACUCUACGUCGGCUCGGUGAUCAUCAUGACCAACGACGAAGAAGAUGGGCAGAGGAAUGCGAACUAACACCGUACUUGGUGGAUAUAGUUGAGGUUAAAUUACUGCCAAGACGGCGUGACCAGGGAUUGAACUCGGGUCUAUCAUGACGGCUGCCCAAGGUAUCAUGCUUGUAGUAACUAUGGUUUCUGUAG